UCGGAACGUAACUUCAAAGCAAAGAAUAUACAUAUAUAUACAAAAUCCACCUCCAAAAAUUAUUGCAUUUGAAGAAACUCAACCAUAAUAACCUAAUCAAAAUAGAAUGGCUUCUUCUUUAGCACCUUCAUCUUGCGCUAUAGUUUCUCCAUCAUUCAAGCAUUAUAAUCGCCAACCCUUUCAAGUUAUCAGAGCCCAAAGCUGCAGAGAUGGAGGGAGAUCAAGUAAUGGGGUGGAUGCGAAUUUGAGGGUAUUAAGGAAGAGAAUAGAGCAGGUGAAGAUGAAGGAGGAGCUUGAAAGAUGUUGCAGAUGCAAGUAUGGCUGGAAUUAUGGAGUUGGCUAUAAUUACAACAAGCUCAAAAGAGACAAGGAGAGAUCAGAGUUGUUUGAGAUUUUGGGUUUGGUUGGGGCAACCAUUGCCUUCACCUUCCUUACUGGAACUCUUUUCCUUUGCCUUGUUUCAUUAUUUGUUCAUUUUCAUCAUCCAUUUCAUUAGUUCAUGCUUAUAUAUCCAGAAAGUUGAAUUCAAAUUAUUUUAUUGGUAUGUUCAU